UUUUUUUCCAUAUUUUAUGUGUCUAUCAAGAUUGUUCAGCGCUGCAAAGGUAGCGCUGCAAGGGGUAACGCCAAGUUCAUUGACUUCGAGACGGAAGCCGGAGCCCCUGUUUCGGGUGCCUUCACGUCGGAUCUUCGGCCUAGUUCCUCCGAACCAAUACGAAAACAAUAUAAUACCGAAGAGGCUUCAGAUCGGCUACGCUUUACUGCACUAUUGGGAAACCAUUCCACUGUUCUUAUGCGUGGUUUUUGAUAUAGUCUUCGUCCUGGGCUAUGUUGGAUUAUAUGGAGGCAUAAUGCACAGGGUAGACACCCAGUUCUCGAAGCACUGUUGGAACAGUAUAUCGAGAAAUAUGGAUCUACGCAACCCCACGAAACACAAGUUCCUUAUCCUUUAUCAGCGCUACGAACCCUGGCCCGAGAUGCAGAAUGUUCUGGACAAAAUGACACAGGCUGAACACCGUUUGCAAACGCGCAUGAGCUCCUGCGCGAACCCCUAG